AUGGGCCUCUCCGACAUCCUUCAGUCGUUGAGCUGCUGUCGGCACGGCGCCCUCGAAGAAGGAGACGAGAAGGGAAGAGAGGAAAAAUACGCUAUUCUAAGCCCCUGUAGCAGCAACCACAGCAAGCCAAUCUGCGAGGGGGGAGCAGGCGAAGAGCACGAGGGGCACCAGUCGUCCUGGGGGAGUGCAACACCCACUGCCCCUGUCUUUCAGCCAGAUUCGGACAGUGAGCUGCAAGCAUUCAUCACUUUGAGGAACCAGGUGGACAAGGACACAGAGGAGUGGGAGAAGCUCAACUACGACAUCCACACGCUGAAGUGCACGAGGCGUGAGGUGAGCUCCAGGUGGAAGAAGAUCCUGUGGCAGAUGGGCUACCAGAAGGAGGCGGAUGCCCUGCUGGCCGUAAACCGGCAGAGCCUCCUGACCCAUGUGGAGGACUCACCCCGGGCCAGAGAGCUGCUGGAUGAGCUGUGGCAGGAGUCCGGCCUGUUUCCCCAGGGCUACAGCACCCCUGACAAGUACCUCCUCAUCAUGGAUCGCUUGGUGUCACUCGACAGCGCAGAAGAGUUUGUCGAACUGGCUAAGAAGAAGUACCCAAAGAACUGAGGGUGAAACCCAGAAGAGCAGCGUUGAUGGGAUUUGAGAAGGAAACACCAUCUGGUGGAUCAGGUCCAAGUUGUGCCAUUUCCGGAGGGUGACCUGGGAACUCCGUGCUGCUGGAACACAAAUGAAGCACUCGUCCUGUCUUCUCCCACUAAAUUCCGGGGAAUUUUCACUCAUCUGGGGCCCAGAUAAACAGUUAAAUAUGCAGUUUCCGAUGGUUGUGAUUGGCUACCAGCCUGUUGCCAUGGUGAGUGAUGCUUUGCUCCUCCAACCAGCUCUCACCACUUUCAAAGGUCCAUUUCCCCAAAGUGACUCUUUGACAUAUUGUAUGCUUAGAUUAUUAUUAUUAUUAUUAUUAUUA